GUGCAGAGAUUUGGCCUUAAUCUUCUCUCUUUCCUGGAGCUGCGCUUUGCCUGAAGUGCAAAGAGCCCCAUUCAUGAAUUGAUCUCCUGGCUCCUGCAUGGCCAAUGGGGACUCGAGCUGCCACAACGCAGGAAGAUGGCUUGAUGAUGCUGCUGAUGCUGGCGGUGAUCCCGAUGGUGUGAGCUGGAAAUGGGGUGCUACGUCAUCGUUGUCAUCGUCAUCAUCAUCAUCCGAGCAGCCACCAGAUAGCUUGCACCCACGCUGGGCUGGGCACAGGACUGGCUGUUUGUCAUAGUUUGUCUUUCGACCUCAUGGCAGCCCUUUAAGGUAAGUAUCAUCAUCCCCAUUUUACAGAUGAGGAAACUGAAGCUCAGAAAGAAUCAGUAACUGGCCUAGGGUCACACUACCACUAAAUGUGUAUGCAUAUGAAACUCAGAGUCUUCAGGGCACUGGCUGGCAGUCUGGUGGUCCCACAUCCCUCACCCACCAUAUGUGGCCUCUCAGGGUUUGGCUAGUACAUUAGCAUCGUACCGCAGGAGAAGCCCAGCUUUUGCAUCACUGUGAGGGAACAGGCAAGGCUGGCCGGUAUGGAUGGAGAUGCGUGUGUUGGGUGGGGACCGAGCACAGAGCAGCCCUGGCCAUGGUACGUGUUGCACACACCCAUUUCCAACCCAUCAUCCCUGCCCCAUCAGAGGCAGGAGGGAGGUAAGAGGAUGGGCAGGCCUAGGGAAGGGCAGCUGUUCCAGCAGGGGCCUGACAGUCAUGUGCUGGUAUCUUCAGGGGACUGAGCUUAGGGACAAAGUCAUCUCCCAUUCCAUCUAGUUUUAAGCUGCUGUCAGGUUGACCUGUCUAAGAUGCAUGUCACUCCCUUCCUGGAAAGCCUGCCAUGGCUCUCUGUUCCCCUAGAGUAAAAGCCAAUCUUACCUGCCCAGCAUCAGCUACCCAUGUUCUCUGGCUCCCCCAUCCUUGUGCUUCAUGUGGUGCAUUUCACCUGGAGCUCUAGACACAUGCAGCUUCUUCCCCUUCCCCAUAAAUGUCCUGGACAUUUUUCCUUGUACCUUUACUCAUGAUGCACUCUCAACGUGUGGCACCCUCCUUGUUAUUUUGUUUGGCUAAACUGUGCUCAUCUUUCAAAGCUGCAGCUGAAGUACUGGCUCCUCCAUGCCAUCUUCCUGGAUCUUUGAGGUCCUCCAGCCUCUCAUUUCCCACACCUUGCAGCCUUCCCUGUUGAACUCCCUCAGCCUCUCUCUGUUCCACUCGUCUAGCACUCACCAUUCCCCAUUAUUCUUUUAUCUCCCACACAGGCCAUGUCUCCUUAAGGCAUGCGUUUUAUGUGAUUUGUUUUUUUGCUGAUUUGUUUUGGUCCUGGACUAUGCUUUGCAGACAGUUGGCACUUAACACCUAACUGUUGACUAAACAGGCCAUGCUAGAGCAACAAGGGACUGCUCUUGAAAUUUGAGGAUGUGGUUAUAGUCCUGGCUCUGCCAUUCCUGGCUGGCCAACCUGCUUCUCUCCAGGCCUCAGUUUCCUCAUUUGUAAAAUGAGAGAGCUGGAUUUUAUGGGUGGCUCUCCAUGUCUAGUAUAUGGAAGAACUACUUGGGGAGCUUGUUUAAAAUGUGUAUUUCUGGACACCUAGGAGUCAUAAUCUGAAGGAAUGAGUGGACCUGCGUAUCUGUAUAAUUCACACACACCCAGAGGUUUCUAAUUCAGUUGGUUCUCAGACUACCCUUUGAGCGAUUCUGUUUCAGGUCGACUUUGGGGAAAGGCCUUUCUGAUUCUAAGGGGCUGGUACAGCAAUGAAGGGAAGCAGAGGUUAUGGGGCAGUGCCCAUAAUGGGUGGGGCAGGGGCCAUUAACGGUAUCAUCACCAUCACCAUAAUCAUCAUUUUCAUCGUGAUCAUCUUCUUCAUUUUAUUUUUCUUCAUUGUCAUCAUCAUCAUCACCAUAAUCAUUACCACCAUCAUCAUCAUCACCAUCAUUACCACCAUCGUCAUUACCACCAACAUCGUCACCAUCAUCACCAUCACUAUCAUCACCAUCACCAUCAUCAUUAUCAUUAGCAUCACCACCGUCACCACGACCACCAUCACCAUCAUAACCAUCCUUACCACCACCAUCCUCAUCACCAUCAGCCUCCCCACCAUUACCAUCAUCAUCAACCCCUUCAUCAUCAUUACCAUCAUCAUCAUUAGCGUCAUGAUAAUCUUCAUCAUCCUCUUCAUCAUCGUCAUUAUCACAAUUACCAUUGUCACCACCACGUUACCAUCAUCAUCCUCUUCAUCAUUGCCAUCAUCAUCCUUACCAUCCUGAUCAUCAUUUUCAUCAUCGUAACCAUCACCAUUAUCUCCACUACAAUCACCAUCAGUACCAUCAUCAUUGUUGUCAUCCUUUUAUCUUCAUGGUCACAAUCACUAUCACUAUCUCCACCACCAGCAAAGCCACUACUGCUCCUCAGUGCUCAUGAGGGGAGGGCCAGUGCCAACAGCUUUGUGGGCACUAUCUCCUUUAAUCUUCUCAGGAGCCUUGUGAGGUAGGUCCUGAGAGGGCAGGAGGCAGGUUUUAGAGGGGUGCCUGACCUUGCCCUGGAGCAGACCCCUAGCUGCAGUCUGCAGUGGUCCCAGCUCCCGAGCCAUCCUGCUGUUGGAGUGAGCCUAUACCUUCUCUGGCGAGCCUGGGGAGGGCAAACAGUUUUGCCCUCAACUUCCCUCCCUUCAUUCAACACAUCUCUAUUACAGCCCUGCCUUCUGCCAGACACCAGGCUUGAAUUUGAUCCAGGCCAACAUUUUUUUUCAUGUUCACAAAACAAAGAUUUUAUUUUUUCUUAUCCCCAACCUCUUCCUCCCUAAUCUAAACUCAUGUGAAAAUAGCAUGCGUAGCUGAGCCUCGGGCCAAUUUGUGUCUUUGUACUCAGUGCACACACUCUAUCUUUCACACCACAAACAGCUUUGCUCAGGAAAAUAUGUUUUCUCUCUGCAAAACUGCCAUUUUCGGGCAACACAUAGAAGGCAAAAAGAAACUAUUUCACUUUUUCUUCCCCUGGAAAAACCCACCAAGAUGUUGUUUUCCUUUGCUUUUUCUGGAGGGGAGAUAUUUUUGACAGCUUUCUUCCCUAAUCUGGCUCUCAGCCCUGCGUCUGGUGCCAAUUUGUAAAAGAAGCAGAAGAAAAACUAGAUGAGCAAAGGCAAGAUUCUCCCAGAGGGGCAGUAGCACCCUAGAAUUCAGGAGUAGUAAGAGACCUCUGUGGCAAACCUGUUGC